GGCGCAGUGAGGAAGAGAGAACUCGGAAGUUCCGCCCUUCUUUAAAAAUGGCAGCGCCCGGUGAUGGUAGCGUGGCGCACGCGGAUUUUUUGGGCUUCGGUCCCGGUUCAAAGGCAGGACAGAAGGGCUUGGGUAAAAGGAAACGGGUGAAUAAGAACAAGAAGAAAAACUGGUUACGGCACAGCGAUGUGAAAGACGUGGAAGAAUUCUUGGACGAUGUCCGUUUACAGGAGAGAACGGCAGGGGGGCUAUUGCAAGAUAAAGCAGAUGACAGCCUGUUUUUUGUGGACACUGCCAAACCAAAAAAAAAAGCUGCCAAGUUAAAGAGGAAGGAUGCACCACUGCAUAUAGAUCUGAUCCUGCAAAGUGACUCUAAGAUCCCCCCUCCAAAAGAUAUAGCCUCACAUCAAGUCCCAAAUGGAAGAAAACUGAAGAGAAAACAGGAGUUGCAAGCACAGUUGGAGAAGAGAGGAAUCCUUUCUCGGUCAGAAAAACUUUUGCAAGCACGGCUUAAUAAGAGCAAUUCAAAGGCUAAAGCACAAGCCAACAACAACCCCGGCAGGAGCUUUUAUGACAUCUGGGGAGAAAAAAAUCCCCUAGACUCUGAACAUCAAGGAAAGGACUCUUGGUACCUUGAACAGACUAAAAAAAGCAGAGUUAAGCAUCCAGAUAGAUUAAACGCCAAACCUUCGGAGAUCCCAGCUAUUGAAACUGUGGGGUCUGGGUCAUCCUACAACCCAUCAUUCCAGUCACAUCAGGCACUUCUUUUGCAAGCUCAUGAAGUGGAAUUAAAGAAAUUAAAAGAGGAAGAAAAGAUUGAAAGACAGCUCAAGUUUCCCACUGCUGCAGAUGCUCCCACCCAGGAAAGCAAGUUUCAGGAGCUAUGUGAAGGCCUUGUGGAAGAAACUGAGGAGAUGACUGCUGUCGAAGAUGGGUCUGAAGAGCAAGGAACUGGUCCUGGUUUGCGGAGAGAGCGAAAAACUGAGCGGCAAAGAAAGAAGGAAAAGGAAGCUAAAUUUCUGCGAGCCAAGCUGCAAGCAGAUAAAAUAAAGAAUCAACGUAAGCAGAGUCUCUUCCAGUUGAGGUCAAUUCAAACAGCACUUGCAAAGCGCGAGGGAGAGCUGGCACGGCGCAAAGCAGUGAGAGCAGAGAACCGUAAAAAAGAGGCCCUGCAGCCACGUAGGCUAGGCCGUCUUAAGUAUAAAGAACCAGAAAUAGAUGUACUACUUAGUGAUGAGCUUCCAGAAUCCCUGAGGAAGUUGAAGCCUGAAGGGAACAUUGCAAUGGACAGAUUUAAGAGCUUCCAGAAGAGGAAUAUUAUUGAACCACGAGAGAGAGCAAAGUUUCACAGGAAGUUGAAAGUGAAAUAUGUGGAAAAACGUGCUUUCCGGGAAGUCACGUUGUAACAACUGCCUGCUCUUGUUUCCUAUGCAAAUACUGGCCAUUGACAGGUUUUCCAAAUAUUUGCACCUCUAUGAAGCAUGUGGAUCUUCUGAGUUGUUUAAAGCAGUCCGUCAGCUCCAGAGCUACCUGUACAGUACAAGCUUUACCUUUGUGGCGUUGCUUCUUCAUUAAAGAUAUUCACAUUCUAA